CCCCGCGCUCUAGCGUUGUUGAGGGUGCUUUUUGAUGCUGCUACUCGUCCCCAUCGCGACCAUAGCGUAGCCACCACCAGUGAAAUCGUGAACCUCUCAUGUCCCGCGCUUCGCUUCCUCGGCGCUGGCUGUGCUCGCCGUGGCGCUGCGCUUGACGCCGCGUGAGGCUUGUGCUGUUUUAGUUCCUCCGUUUCUAUAUUAUUUCUUUUCUUUUUUGUCUAUUUUUCAAAACCGAAUUUUAAUUUCGGUUUCUUAGUUGCGGUGACUGUCUGCUUUCUUUCCGCAAUGAGGAUCCGGAAGGGUCACCGGAGCUUGCAGCUGGCACCGGCGGAUCAAACUUGCUUGCAGGAGGAUUUGGGUCAGAGGGAUCAGAAUGCUCACGGGAUAGACGCCAUCAAAGUUGAGGCCCACUCGCGGCGACUCGUCAAGAGUGCUGCUGCUGCUGCUGCACCUGCGGACGUUGCAGCCACCAGUGGCUUCCAGGAGCUGGUACAGCUGGAACAUGCAAACGGUACAUCUGCGAAAAGAGAAACGGGCCUAGAGUGUAAUCUAGAGGCGAACAGGGUUUCAGUUAAUGAUACGUUCGACGAACGGUCCUCGGUUCAGAACACAGUUGAUGCUGGAUCGCCAGAUGAUGGACAUUCAAACGAGGGUCUGCCGCCGAUUGCCGUGGACGGGAAGCUCUCUAUCAGCUCUAUCAUAAGAGCAGGUGUGGCGCCGGGGAAAACCAAUUCGCCAUCGGCUCUCGCAUGUGCCCAUUCAAUCUCCACGUCGGAUACAUCACUUGUCAAAGACCUGAAAGACGCAAUUGAUUGCAGCCCACCUAUGGCCAUGAAAGUCGCAGAUCAGUCGAAUCUUUUGUUGCAGUCUUUGAAACUCAUCUGCUUAACUGCUGCGAACACCGGUCUAACAGCGAAAGAAGCAGUUACGAAAGUCCGGGAGCUUGGUCUGCCAGGUUUAAAUGAAGGAGGUGAGAGAUUGAUCGUUCAGGUAGCUAAAACAUUUCGUAGUUCUUCCUUGUUCGUCGAGCGCGAGGAGCGCGGAAGAUACUUCAUACAAGACUCUGCGAGCCCGAAAGAAUGGGGUGAUUCCGAUGCGGACGAAGCAAUUGUUAGCCGUGAGAAAGCAGUCUCAACGGAGGUAACAGAAGUGGAAAAGACCAUAGAAGCUGCGAGACAGUUACAAAAUUUGCAGAGGAUUCAGGAGGAUGGCGGUAAUCGGGAAGGGGUUACGAGUCACAGUGAAAAAUCAGGUGGCGAGGUGAAAACUGGAGCAGAUCGUAGAGGGGUGACAUUGAGAAGCAAAAGCAGCACGAGAUCGUCAAGCUCACAGAAAACGAGUCUGUCGGGGGACCAGUCCGGACCUCGAUGCAAUCGGGAUGAUGGGAAGGGUUGGAGAUGUUUUCGACCUGCAGAAGUGGGGUUCUCUUUAUGCAAGUACCACCGAGACCAGAUCCGCAGGGCAGAUAUCCGUCGAAGGAAAUCGAGGAACAAGUCAAAGGAACAGAGUCUUGUUCAGAGUCCUGUGAAGACUUCGAAACUUACACUCAAAAAUGUUGUGAAGCCAUCUCCCGUCUCAGAGGUGGAUACAUCAGUCGACGUAAAUUCGAUCGAUUCCGACGACGAGCUGCUGGAUAGUAAGCGUCGAAAGUUCGUGAAAGCGAAAUCGCUGAAGUCAAUACUGUGAUCGUUGAGCUCCUGGAGAUGGUAUCAGAGAUGUAUGUAGAGGCCAUAUCAGCCAAUUAAGUUCCUGCAUCAGAUCUUGUACAUAUGCAUUCUUUUUAAUAAGCUUCCUUGCUUGAA